ACCCUGUUAGGUGCGAUUCUUAAACUCAUCCUCACGAGGAACAACAAUCAGCGUGCGUGUGGCUGAUGGCACAACCCUGUUACCCACCUUCACCAAAUCCAAUUUGUGUGAUAGGGUCACAGUUUGUAGCACCAUAUCCAUUUGAAGUUAUAAUUGUUAGAAAAUCAAGUGGAGAUCAUCUGAUCACAGAUGUUAACCAUAAAAUCAUGUUUAAGGUGAAACGACGCAGCACAAGUUUCCAUGAUCAGCGCCUUAUUGUUGAUGCCGAUGACAAACCCAUAGUUCUGAUACGCGAGAAGAUCUUGACUGCACAUAGUGGAUGGAAAGCGUAUAAGGGUGGUAACAGUAAUGCCGAUUCAGAAAAGAUUUUUAUCACAAAAACCCCAAAAAUAAUGCACUCGAAAGGGAAUGUUCAUGUGUUCUUGGACAAAAAAACUAGCAGCAAGGACUCUUGUGAUUUCAAUGUCACUGGAAGCUGGUCAAAUAGAAGUUGCACUAUUUAUAUCGGAGAUUCUUCAACAAUAAUAGCCCAAAUGCAUAAUAUGGAACCGCCGGAGAAUGUCAAGGACAAAUUCAUGGUGAAAAUAUAUCCGUAUGUGGAUUAUGCAUUCGUGGUAACACUUAUGGUGAUUGUGGAAGCUAUGAAAAGCUCUUAUAUAGAUAAUGAUGACGCAGAUAACGAUGACACAGAUAAGGAUGAUGCAGACCAUGCUAUUGGAGACGUGGUUGAAUCGAUUGGAGAUGUUGGAGUUGUUGCUGAAGUUAUUGGCAAAAUGUUUUUCUAGUCGUUAAGGGACAUGUUUUUAGAAAAUCAAUUGCCUAAAAUCAAUUAUAUGAACUUAUGAAUUAUCAGUGGGAUUAGAAAAUCAAUUUCCUAAAAUCUAUUAUAGGAACUUAUGAAUUAUUGGUGGGAUGAUGGAUAUCUGCAUUAUAAUUUUUAUGAUGAAGAAAGGGAACUCUUGA